GGAGAUGACGUCAUAGAGGCAGCAUGGCAGGCAGCGGCCGGAGGCCAGAGCAUCGCGGCCCCCCCGAGCUGUUCUACGACGCGGCCGAGGCGCGCAAGUACACGCAGAACUCUCGAAUGAUUGAGAUCCAGACACAGAUGUCACAGCGGGCAGUGGAGCUGCUGGGUUUGCCAGAGGAUCAGCCGUGUUUCCUGUUGGAUGUUGGAUGUGGUUCUGGUUUGAGUGGAGAUUACAUCUCUGAGGAGGGGCACUACUGGGUUGGCAUGGACAUCAGUUCUGCCAUGCUGGAUGUGGCUGUGGAGAGAGAGGUGGAAGGGGACCUUCUUCUUGCAGACGUGGGACAUGGUAUUCCUUUCAGGCCGGGCACGUUUGAUGGCUGCAUCAGUAUUUCUGCAGUGCAGUGGCUCUGUAAUGCCGAUAAGAAGACGCACAGUCCUCCCAAACGCCUGUAUCGAUUCUUCUCAACCCUCUAUUCUGCCUUGGCCCGGGGAUCACGUGCUGUCCUGCAGCUCUACCCUGAGAACUCCGAACAGCUGGAGCUCAUCACUGCUCAGGCCAUGAAGGCAGGUUUCACAGGAGGGAUGGUGGUGGAUUAUCCUAACAGUGCCAAAGCUAAGAAGUUCUUUCUCUGCCUCUUUGUUGGUGCAUCUGGUGUGUUACCAAAGGGUCUUGGUGCUGAGUGUACUGAUGGAGAGGAAUCCCAGCAGGCCAAGUUUACCAAUGAAAGAACAAGGUUCAAAAAUGCCAAGGGGAAGUCUGCAAAGAAGUCUCGGGACUGGAUCUUCGAGAAGAAGGAACGCAGGCGGCGGCAGGGCAAGGAAGUGCGGGCUGAUACAAAAUAUACCGGCCGAAAGCGACGCCCUCACUUCUGACCCCUUUGGAUUUCCUUCCAGUCCCAGUUCUGUGGCAGGCUUUGCAUUGACACUGGCACAACCCCUGUGGACCUACCCCUGCACCAGCAGAGGCUGCUGGCACAUGCAACCUAAGCCUGAAAGCUGCACGGCCUGAGGGUGUCCAUCUGUGACUUCUGCAGGAGGGGCUUGUCCCACUUGAAUGCUUCCAGUCUUGUUUACCUGGGAAGAAUCUUAGCCAACACUGCAGCCAAGUUGGGGUGCAACGUAUGGAGACUGAUCCAGCCUUUUGUGGACUUCCUGGGGUGUGCCCUGUUUCCAGCCCACAGGGGCAGGUUGGUAGAGCUGCUGUACAGCCACAGGCAACCUGUUCCUGAACUUGGGAGUGCAGUGUAUCCUGGGUUACCUUGUUUCUGGGACCCUUCUUUUGGGGUUCCAGCCCAGUCAGCAAAUAGAAGCUCUUUGAGUGUGA